GUAAGGUUGAGACCAAUAGUCACACUACUCAUGAAGAAAGCCUCAACAAAGUUGCCUAUUUCACAAAAUCAAACUUGUGUAUCAUUCCCUUCAGGUUCCUAGCUAGAACAGAUCCCAUAGUGUCGCCUUGCUUUUUGAGGAACAAAUAAAAGCCGCUAGUUCCUCUUAUCCUGUUCGUACCACCAACUUUCACUUUGGCAUUUUAAUCCAUCCUUUUCUAUAAAAGCAGAGGAUGAUAAAUCAUGCUAUAUAAUCACCAUAUUAUAUGCUUGGCUUUCCCACCGGAUUCCCAUAUAUAUAAAGACCGAAAUCAAUCAUCGUAUACUGACAGCAUGGAAAACCGCCGCCAGAAGAGCAAUUCCGGCGACAAGUUCUCAUUCCCGAUCAUGGGCACACCGGAAAAGGAACCCGAAGACGGGGAAUUUGAAUUCGGGUGCAUUUCAACCUCGCCGGAAGCCUCCCCCAACUCGCCGGCCGACCGGCUCUUCUUCAACGGAAAGCUAAUGCCCCACAACUUCCCGUCGUCCGGACAACCAGCGGCGGUCACGGACGGAUUCUCGUAUUCGCGAUCGACGAGCAGCGUCAGCAGCGGCAAUAUUAGGAGAGUGGCUAUUUUAUUAAGUUUAAUAUAAUAGGAUGGUAAUAUAAUAGAAUAUUUUAUUCAUAGAAGUAGUAUCCCACUGAGAUUACUUUCCUUAUUUCUUGUUUGUAUUGCUGGACUUGUAGUCACGGCUCUAGCUAUUUAUCUAGCAUGUACUCGGUUGUUUGAGGGAAGAAAAGAAGAAGUCAUAUUAAAUUAUUGCACACAGUAUAUAGUUUAACAUGGUAUCAGAGCAUUAAACCUUGCCAUGGCCGUUGGAGAAGAGGAGUCUGCUCGACACACUCAAGAGAAAACUUUUUGGCAUGGAAAAGGACAUGCUAAGAUCGUUGGGCAUGGGAAACUUUUGGCCAAGGCGCAUGCCAUGAUGGCCGACCCUCCUGGACAGCAAGGAACCACGAGUAAUGCCAAAUCAGGUACAGGGGACGUUGUACCAUUGCCUGGCUUUUCUCCCAAGCAAUGGAAAACAUUAAUCUCGGCUUUUGGUAAUACUCAAUCAUCUACUAGUCGGAUGACAGGUGAAUCUAGUAUGUGCCCGUGGAUUAUAGAUACUGGAGCUACAAAUCACAUUUGUAGCGAUUUGAAGCUUUUAUUCCGUAUACAGACGAUAAAGUCCUGUUCCGUUGGUUUACCAGACGGAAAAACUGUUUUGGCUACUAAAGAGGGGUGUAUUAAAUUUUCAGAUGACUUAUAUUUGACAAAUGUGCUUUUUGUGCCCCAAAUGAACUGUAAUCUCAUAUCUGUGACACAAUUGAGCGAUGCCCUUGAUUGCUUUGUUCAAUUCACUUCUGACGUGUGUGUUAUACAGGAUCGAGUCUCGAGGAAGCUAAUUGGAGUGGGUGAGAGGAGGAAUGGGUUAUACUAUCUUCGGGAGUCACCGACAGCUCAAAUUCUGAUGAUUGAUGGUGGCAAACAGUCAUCAACAUUUGAUAUUUGGCACAAGCGCAUGGGACAUCCAUCUGGAAAAGUGAUGCAUUGGUUGGCACCUGUGAGUGAUUUAAAAGGAUCGUUUUCUUCUGCAUGUGACAUUUGUUUUAGAGCAAAGCAGACUAGGGAUUCUUUUCCAGAUAGUAAUAAUAAAACCAGUCGUAUUUUUGAGUUGAUACAUUGUGACUUAUGGGGUCCAUACAAUACCCCUUCUUCCUGUGGAGCAAAAAUGUUUUUAACAAUUGUUGAUGAUUAUUCACGAGCUGUUUGGAUAUAUUUGUUGCUGGACAAAACAGAGGUUUUUAAAAUGUUUAUGGCAUUUAUUGCAAUGGUGGAGCGACAAUUUUCAAAAAAGGUGUGCAUUGUUCGCAGUGAUAACGGAACGGAAUUUAAUCGCUUGAAACAAUUUUUCCGAACUAGUGGUAUCAUUUUUCAGACCUCUUGUGUUGGGACACCACAACAAAAUGGACGGGUUGAGCGCAAACACCGACACGUUCUUAAUGUGGCACGUGCAUUGCGGUUUCAAGCCAAUCUUCCCAUAAAUUUUUGGGGAGAAUGUGUGUUGACUGCUGCUCACCUCAUUAAUCGUACUCCCUUGUCGGUCCUUAAUUUCAAGACCCCUUAUGAAAUUCUUUUUGGGGUUUCACCUUGCUAUCAAUCCUUGCGUGUUUUUGGAUGUCUUUGCUAUGUGCAUAAUCUUAAAUCAAAGGGUGAUAAAUUUGCUAGUCGUAGCCGCAAAUGCAUUUUUGUUGGCUAUGUUUUUGGUAAAAAGGGAUGGAAUGUGUUUGAUUUAGAAACACAUGAAUAUUUUGUAUCUCGGGAUGUUAAAUUUCUUGAAGAUCAGUUUCCGUUUGCUGAACCCAUACCCGCCAAUACCUCAGAGUUUACUGAUCAUGAGCACUUGGAUUAUGCUCUACCGAGUAUGUAUGAUGACAUACUGGACAUGGGUGCUGCAGACCAUCCCACUAGCAUCCCUCGGGAAACAACUUUAGCAGAAGCAAGUUCUCUGACUAAUUCUUCUUUAGACCACGUUCAAAGUGAUGCACCUGCUUCUAAUUUGGAGGAUCAGCCGUCUGGAGAUACCAAUUUUGGCCGCGGUUUGCGCACAAAGCAACCUUCUGUGCGUUUGAAGGAUUAUGUUACUCAUACAGUGAUACGAAAAAAUCCCAUUCCUCCCUCUUCAUCUCCUUCCGCUUCCUCAGGUACUCCUUUCCCUAUCUCACAUUAUGUCAGUUGUGAUAAUUUUUCUGUGGCACACCGUGUUUUUCUGGCAGCUAUUUCUUCUGGCACUGAGCCUCAAUCCUUUCGUGAGGCCGUCAAACACCCGGGCUGGAGGGAUGCUAUGCAGGUUGAAAUACAGGCUCUUGAAAAAAAUUCUACUUGGACUUUAAUGCCACUUCCUUCUGGAAAGCGGGCAUUGGGCUGUCGUUGGGUUUAUAAAAUAAAAUAUCAUUCUAAUGGUACUGUAGAGCGCCUUAAGGCGCGAUUGGUUAUUUUUGGCAAUCGUCAGGUUGCUGGUCUUGAUUAUACUGAAACUUUUGCGCCGGUGGCUAAAAUGGUCACCGUGCGUGCUUUUUUAGCUGUUGCUGCUUGUAAAAAUUGGGAGCUACAUCAAAUGGAUGUUCAUAAUGCCUUUCUGCAUGGAGAUCUUAAUGAAGAAGUGUAUAUGACUUUGCCUCCCGGCUAUGCUACUCAGGACACCACCUUGGUAUGCAAGCUUCGAAAAUCUUUGUAUGGUCUUAAACAAGCACCCCGUUGUUGGUUUGCCAAGCUUGUUAAUGCCUUACAGGGUUAUGGAUUUAUCCAGUCGUUCGCGGAUUACUCUCUUUUUACGCGAACGCGUGGUACAAUUCAAUUAAAUGUUCUUGUUUAUGUGGAUGAUCUUGUUAUUUCUGGGAAUGAUUCUGACGCCAUUGCUUCCUUUAAAGCUUAUCUUAGUGAUUGUUUCCAUAUGAAGGAUUUGGGAAAUCUUAAAUACUUUCUUGGUAUUGAAGUUGCUCGUAGCUCUUCCGGAUUGUUUCUUACUCAACGGAAGUAUGCUUUGGAUAUUAUUACAGAAACAGGAUUGCUUGGCGCUAAACCUGUAGCAUUUCCCAUCGAACAAAAUCACGACCUUGCUAAAGCAGUGGGUCCUCCUCUCGCGGAUCCAGAACCUUACCGACGUUUAUUGGGUCGUCUUAUUUACUUGGUGGUUACACGGCCUGACUUGGCAUAUGCGGUUCACAUUUUGUCUCAAUUUUUGCAAAAUCCACGACAUGAGCACUGGAAUGCCGCACUUCGAGUUGUGCGCUAUCUUAAAGGUUCUCCUGGCCAGGGAAUACUUCUUCGCGCCGAUGGUGAUCUUACACUUACAGGAUGGUGUGAUUCAGAUUGGGCCGCAUGCCCUCUUACCCGUAAGUCUUUAUCUGGUUGGUUAGUGUUUCUUGGUCAUUCUCCGGUUUCUUGGAAGACUAAGAAACAGACUACUGUGGCUCGUUCUUCUGCUGAAGCCGAAUACCGGUCUAUGGCUGCAGCUACUUGUGAGUUAAAAUGGCUUAAAGCCUUGCUCCUUAGUUUGGGCAUUCAUCACCCUCAGGCUAUUCCGCUCUACUGUGAUAGUCAGUCUGCUCUGCAUAUUGCUCGUAAUCCUGUGUUUCAUGAACGCACUAAACAUAUUGAAGUGGACUGCCAUUUUGUUCGCAAUGCUAUUCAAGAAAAUCUAAUUGCUCCCAGUUAUGUUCCUACUACUAUACAAUUGGCUGAUAUCUUCACCAAAGCUCUGGGAAAAACUCAAUUUCAAUUUCUUCUUCGCAAGUUGGGCAUUCUUGAUCCGCAUGCUCCAACUUGAGGGGGAGUAUUAGGAGAGUGGCUAUUUUAUUAAGUUUAAUAUAAUAGGAUGGUAAUAUAAUAGAAUAUUUUAUUCAUAGAAGUAGUAUCCCACUGAGAUUACUUUCCUUAUUUCUUGUUUGUAUUGCUGGACUUGUAGUCACGGCUCUAGCUAUUUAUCUAGCAUGUACUCGGUUGUUUGAGGGAAGAAAAGAAGAAGUCAUAUUAAAUUAUUGCACACAGUAUAUAGUUUAACAGGCAAGGACUCGAUGAUGUCAUCCCGGAGCAACAGCGGCAGCAGCUCCGGCGGCAGCGCCAGAACCAGCGCCAGCGGCGAGUCGGCUUUUAACGUUAAUAUCAGACGAUUAGCUAUCAUUAAUGUUAAUAAUAAAAGUAAAUGGGCCCAUUCUGCCAACAGGCCGCUUCCGAGUUCUAAGCCAAACCUCCUCCCGGCUUCUAAGAAAUCGCAGUUCAUGGCUGCUCCGGCCCAUGGGCCGGUUCAUCUCAGGAAUAAGCGGCCCGGAUCUGUCUCGCUGGGGAAAGGACAUAAUAGUCAUGAAGUUAAGCAGGAAAGUGAUGAUGAAGGAAGUGGAUCUCCGCCGUGGUUUGGUCGGAGGAUUUUAAGGUCAAUUGUAUCCUCUUGCAAAGAAUGUCAUGCCAUUCCACCCACAACUAAGCAGGCCAAAAAUAUUGUUAUCUCAACAAUUUAGAAAGUGUGGCUAAGGGUUGAAAGGGCAGUACUGUAUUUUCACAACUCUUUUCUGCAACAUCUUAUCAUUAUCGGGACGAAACUUGAUAGAACAAAUUGUUGUAUUUGGACACAUUUUUUCCCUAGUUGUUCCUGUCUUUAUCAAGUCGGAAUACGAAAUAGCGUAAUGGUGCAUCUUGCGCCAGUGUAACACACUUCCGGAUACAUUGAAAGUGAAGGAUCGAGAAUGAGAACAACAUAUUUUGAAUGGGGU